AUGAUGAAAUUUGCAGGCUGUUUGGUUCAUCGCUUCUUGUUAUUUAUUAUCUGGCUAUCAAGCUUCCAAGAUGUAGCUGCACAUUAUAAGGUCAAUGAGCAUAGUAGCAGAACGACAACAUCUGAGUUGGCAAAUCCACCUGGUAUUGGAGUAUCUGGUCCCAUUGAAGUAUCGCCGUCCGUCAUCCCAAAAUAUGCAUCCCCUGCUCUACCUUGGACACCACCAAUGUACCCUACUUUUCCUGAUACAUAUGAACCAAAGUUAACCGGGAAAUGUCCCACAGACUUUCAAGCCAUUUCAAGUGUUAUCGACACAGCUGCUUCCGAUUGUUCCCAACCGUUUGCUGCACUUGUUGGGAAUGUGAUAUGUUGUCCACAGUUCGUUAGCUUGCUUCAUAUUUUCCAAGGACAGCAUGACGUGAAGUCAGAUAAGUUGGUUCUCCCUGACGCGGUUGCUACAGAUUGUUUUUCAGAUAUCGUUAGCAUCCUGGUCAGCAGAAGAGCCAACAUGACAAUACCUGCACUUUGCUCUGUAACGUCGUCAAAUCUAACCGGAGGUUCUUGUGCGGUAACAGAUGUCACUACGUUCGAGAGAGUUGUUAACGGUAGCAAAUUGCUUGACGCCUGUCGCACUGUUGAUCCUCUUAAGGAGUGUUGCAGGCCAAUCUGCCAAGCAGCGAUUAUGGAAGCUGCGCUUAUUAUCUCGGGACACCAAAUGGCAGUUGGUGAUAAGAUCCCUUUAGGUGGGUCAAAUAACAUCAACGCUAUCAACGACUGCAAGAAUGUGGUGUAUUCAUAUAUAUCCAGGAAGCUCCCAGCAGACAAAGCAAACACUGCGUUUCGAAUAUUAUCGUCCUGCAAAGUUAACAAAGCUUGCCCCUUGGAGUUUAAGCAGCCCACUGAAGUGAUCAAGGCUUGUCGUAAUGUGGCUGCUCCGAGCCCUUCUUGCUGUAGCUCGUUGAAUACAUACAUCUCUGGGAUACAGAACCAAAUGCUAAUAACAAACAAGCAGGCCAUAGUCUGUGCAACAGUCAUCGGUUCUAUGUUGAGGAAAGGUGGUGUCAUGACAAAUAUCUAUGAGCUUUGUGAUGUCGAUCUCAAAGAUUUCAGUGUCCAAGUAUAUGGAAUGCCACAAGGUUGUCUUCUGAGAAGCUAUCCUGCAGACUUGAAAUUUGACAAUACAACAGGGUACAGCUUUACGUGUGAUUUGACGGAUAACAUUGCUGCGCCAUGGCCAUCUUCAUCGUCAAUGUCUUCUUUGUCUCUCUGUGCUCCUGAGAUGUCAUUACCUGCCUUGCCAACAUCUCAGACUCUUAAAAAUCAAGGGUUACGCAAUGGUGCGGUUGGAGCGUUGCGUUUCAUUAUUUGGGUAUUUCUUCUGUAUGGUGUUGUGAGACAUUAA